AGUAACAAAUUGACGGAAAUCAAGCUACACACCAGUGGCGGUGAAGUAUACCAAUUUCAUUUUGGGAUAUGUUAGGGGUACACCAAAGGUACAUCACUUGCCUCUACACCAUUCAUUUUAUUUUCUUUUUAUUUUUUACUUUUUUUUGAAAUUUUUUUGCUUUUUUUGUGUGGUGAUGGAGGGGUGGGGAUGUUUGGGGUAUGUACACAUUUUCCUUUCAUUUUUGCGUACGACACAAUAAGAGUGGGCUUGAUAUGUGUUUGGCUUGCAUCGAACGCAUACACAAUUAACGCGAAGAUGGUGAUGGUCCCGACCACUCCGACCACCGACGGGGAAGAUCACGGCAACAGCGACUGUUCCAGUGGCGGAAGUUCGCCGAGCUCCGUCUCCACGACGAACUGGUUAAUUGCUCAUGGCUCUCUAGAAAGCGCCGUCAUCGUCGAGUCAUCUGAUUCUCCUCCAACUGACCCCGAUUCUACUCCAAAAUCGCCUCUUAUCGCCAAGCCUCGUUCGCCAGAUUCCGAUCCUUGUGAAAUCAAAAUAUGCUUUGCUCGAAAGCAUGAAAUCCUUCAGGUUUAUGUUCGGAGCACUGCACGUGUGUAUGAGAUAUACUAUGCAUCUUCUCUGCAUGGUGAGAAUGUGUACCUUUGUACAGUUCGCUGUUGCGUGGCUGAAAGAGAAGGAGAAGUUCUCUUGGCUGGGAAUGAAUAUGAGGAUGCUUCCAAGCAUCAUAUCGAUGUUACUAAAGGAGGCCCGCGUAUAGAGAGAUUCACUGGAAAGGAAAAAACUGAUUCAAACAGUGAAGAGGAAUGGGUAGAUGUCAAAGUUCCCGGGUUUCCUGUUGACGGGAACGAAAUCAAUUUGAUGGUUAAUCAAUCUACUGUGGGUAAUGGCACCGGUGUCGAGGAUCUUUAUGAGGCUACAGCUGAAAUUAGAGAUGCGGAACCUUGCGCUUCCCUCACAAUCCGCUUCUUAUCUCUUCAGAGCAAAGAUUGCUUAUAUCUAGAUGAGUUGUACAUCUUUGGUGAUCCAUUUGUUUCGACUGAUUCAGAAAAUCAUCCUAUUCCUGCAGUAGAAAGCUCAGCCCAUAGUUCCUUAAUGGCAAUGCUCAUUCCUACAUUUCUGCAAUUAUCUAAAUCAACCAUCAGGCAAACAGCUGACACUCAUUCCUCUGAUAAUAGACAGAAAAAGGGUGAUGAGGAACCUACUGUACGGAGAACUGAUAUGCAUGAUGGUAGCAUGAAUGGAAUUAACUGUGAACAAAGCUCAAUGGUAGCCAAUGGGCAUGAAACUCAACCUUCAAAACAAUUGACCACUGGUGAUAAAAACAAUGCACCAGCAGAGAUUGGGAAUGUUUUAGAACAACUUGUAGACAGGGUGAACCGGAUUGAAGAAAUCUGUCUAAGGUUUGAAGAAUCGAUGCUUAAGCCAAUAAGCAGCAUGGAAGUGAGACUUCAGAGAGUAGAGGAGCAGAUAGAUAUUCUUGCAAAGAACCCUCAAUAUGCCGUACUUCCUUCUUGCAAAAGAUUCACGGCUCCUUCAUUUUCAUGCACUGAUUCCAAUUUUGGCUCUUUUUACAAUGACGGAAACAACCAACCUCCUAAUUUGGCAUCAGAGUUCAAAAUGGAUUGUCCUGAUGAGGAUAAGUUGUCAAGCUCUACUGACUGUUCGUCAAUUUCAGCAAAUUCUCCACGUGUGCAUCCGAGUCUUGUGAUUGCUGCUCCUGAGUUCCCUUGUGGAGAGGAAGAAGAACAAAGCCGUGAGUUGGAGCAUUUGGGCAUGUCUGGAGCUGCAAAACUACCAUCGAAGAAUUCCCCUGAAGAAGGAAAUAGAAAAACCAUAUCGAUUGAUGAUGCUCUGGCUGCAGCACUUUCUGGGUUCUUAUCAACAUCUGCUGUUUCUCUUUCAGAAUCUAAUAAACAAACUGUAGUUUCUUCAUCAGAAUCCCAAGCAGAAGCCGAUGGGCCCUUAGAACAUUCUCCAAAUGCUCCAGUUUCGAUAAAUGAGUGUAUUAAAGAUGAAGCCUUUGUGGAUCCACCCUCAAAAUAUAACCAAAGUACCACAAUUACAGCUCCAGAAUUCACAUUGGAGGAUUUAAUUGAUUCUAAAGACAAUAAUCCUAGAGUGGGUAAUCUGGAAUCUCUGAACUGUAUAUCAGAAGGAAGCCAAACGGGGAUUAAACCCCAAACUGUGGAAAAUGGUGGAGAUGAUGCCACAGAGGAUUCACGCAUCACAACCACAACUCAUAAGUUCACUUUGGAGGAACUGAAAGACAUGCUUCGUGAACAAGGGAGCGACCAAACAUCCUCAGUGAAUGAUGUUAACAAACAUCAUGUGGUGAACGAGGAAAAAUGUUCAAGUCACAUAUUGGGGGAAAGCCAAACAGAGACUAAACCAGAGACUGCAGAAAGAAGCAGUGGUGUAGGAGAUGAUAUCCUGCUGGGAGAUGGCCGCCACUCUGUGCCUUGUUUGGAUUAUGGUAUUCCUAUCCUGGAUGUGAGUUUCAUAUCACAUGAAGAAGAAGAAGAAGAAGAAGAAGAUUCAGGUACAACAACAUUACCUUUAGAUAUCCUAUUAGGAGGAGGUGGCGGCGACACAGAAAAUAAUGCCAUCUCAGGUGUUGACACUUUGAUGAAUAGUGACAGUUUGAUGGAUUAUAAUAAUAAUAAUAAUAAUAAUAACAAUAAUAAUUAUAGUAGUAGUAACUGUUGUGCUGAUGUGGAUGAUGAGGAUGAUGGACGUGCGACUCCCUUUGCCGAGCAAGGAGCGUUCGUCGUGUCUUCUCUCAUAUGAAGCCAUCAUAGUAAUUGGGUAUGUUAGAAAAAAGAGUUCAAAACCUUUGCAUUUUGCAAAUGUAUGUGUUGUUUUGGGUUAUAUAUAUAUGUAGUUGUUUGUAAGUCU